AUGGCCCGAGAGAAGCCGGCAAGUGGAGCAGACGUUGGAUGGAGCCCCCACAGACUACCAUCCUUCGUGGGAGAGCACGGUCGUCUGGUCGACCCCUGCGAUUCGCGAGAAGACCCCAUCGUAUGCGCAGCAUUAGUUAAGGCCAACGUGUACGUAGACUUGGAGGACGUGCUCGAGGCGGAGAGAGAAUUUUGGAAGAACACCGGCGUUUCCAUCAGGGUAGAAGACUUGCGACAUCGUGUGCAGCUCGUUCUGGCGGAUUUCCGGGACGUGCUCUUGACGAUGUUCACGGACUACAGCGAGCGGGAAUCGGGUCUAGAACGACUUGCCGUGGCGCCGGCAACAAAUCCGGCCACAUUGGACGCUGAGAAAGCCAAUGGGAGUAAGAAGAAGUUGCUCGCCGAGGACGGUGCUGCAGCAGACGAAGAAGAGUCUCAGGCCUCCACGUCUGAUGACAACGGCAGCGUUACCAGCGGCAGUACGAACAACAGCGCUAGCGCGCCCGCGAUGGCCCUGGAACAGGCUUCAAUCCCGACAACCUCGGUGGCAGCAAGCCCAUUCCCUGGGCUGCUUGCCUUGGAGGAGUGCCCAACUAGACUCCAGCGAGCUAGCAGUCCUGCCAGGACUGAAAGGAUACGCGCUGCAGGCGUGAGCCCAGUGUGGUCGGUAGGGGCGGGUGAGGGCGACGAAGCUGAACCGUGUGGUGGCGGUACGGGAAUGGGGACCCGUGGGGACCGGGCGCUCGUGGAGAAGCUAUCCAUGUCUGGGGCUCAGUUUUUGGAUCUCGUGAGCAACUGCGAGGUGUUGGAGGGAAGGUUCGGCUGGGCAGCUGGGGCAAGCGUCAUCCACCGGGUCACACGGGAAGGACGAAACAGGAAGACAGCGCGCAGUCUCGAGAUCCUCGGUUGUCCUGGCGCUCAUGGUGGUGUCGACACCUCGCCUAAGACUGAGAACAGCGACAGCGCAGCCAGCGCACGAAACACACGAUGCCGACCCUCGUCGGCUGGUAGUGGGAACCCGCGUCGCCCGCAGACAAAGCGCGGCAAACAGGCACCGCGCAAGGGAAGGGGUGGCCAGCGCAGUGGCGAGAGUCCCGCCAACAGCGGCAGAGCAGUCGCAGCCGUGGAGGCUAGCGGUCUGUCCGGCGCAGCAAUGGAUGACUACGUUCGCGGUGAUGGGAGCGAUCAGAGUGGCGGCGCCGCUGCGGCAGCCGCCGCUGGAACCACCAGCAAGACCGGGAACAACACCAGCGACUGCCAAGCAGGGGUGAAUCGACAUAACGAGAUAGGAAAACUUCACGAGAUGCCGAAGAAGUCGGCCCAAGACGGACAAGGAGGAGGGAAGGAUGAAGAGACAGAAUCGCUCAGCAAAGAGGCGGCUUUUCUCAAGGCCCGGGCCCCACAAGAAAAUCAACUUGUCUCUGUGGGACUACCGCUUGCUCACCAUCGUCUUCGAUUCGCGUUCGAGCAGCACCUCCUUCCAGAGGUCUUGAAUACUAGCCGGGCAUCGACUAGACAGGCCGAUCGAGAGAUUUCCGACAUCAUGGAGGCUCUGGAUUCUCGCCUCACACUCCGGGAGGCUUGCAGGAUCUGCGCAGCUGUAACGGGUUUUGUGGCCAUCGCCUGUCCUGCUAGACAACAAGCAACAACGAGGAGGCGACGAGGGGAGGAGAACGGGCUGUCUGGUCAUCCGGAGGGAGAGGAGAAAGAGGAGGAGGCGUUAUUGUCCAUUGGGGACGACUCCAUGGGCCCAGAAGAGUUCUCACGGGCCGUAUUCCACUGCGGUGAUCUCAAGACCAGGGAUGGCUUGUGCCCCGUGUCCCAGAGAGUCGGUCUCUUCGUCGUGCACGACCUGUACGAACGCUUCUUGGAAAGGACAGGAGAAGCUUCGUUGUGGUGGACCCGCGAUGGCUCCAUGCUACACUGCCGCUGA